AUGGUGGACCCGAGUGACGAUCCCUAUAGCCCAGUGUCUAGAGUUCCCUAUGCAGAAAAGGAAGUCAACCAUCAGACUGGACUCGAAGUCGAUCAUACCCAAGAUGGACUGCGAACGGUGCAGGAUACCGCAGGUCUCGAGGCUGUUCCAGCAGAGUAUCAGAAAGGAGCUAUACCGCAGACAAAUUUUGCAGCCCCAGAGAAGGAAGCAUGGAACGACGCUGAUAAGGAAAUAAUCUUGCCGGACGAGUCACAGGAGCCUGAAAAGCAGUCAACGUUGAAGAGGAGAUGGAAGCUCUGGGCCUUGCUGGCUGCGCUUCUGGUUAUAAUUCUUGUGGUUGCUAUCGCGGUACCGUUGAGUGUACGGCAUCACAGCAGUACCAACUCUUCCUCAACCAAUAAACCCUCCGGCAAUACUUCCUCGGGCAGUACUUCAUCCGGCAACUCGAACUCGGGCUCCACGCCUAAGGCCACGAGAAUCGCGUCUACAGAAGGCGCAUUCAAUGGCACUGGCCUUGCAACUUUGACGGAGAAUAUCAGUACGGAACCGUUACUCCAUCUUUUCUAUCAGAAUUACACUGGGAACGUUCAACAUGCGGUGAGGGCGCCUGGAGGGAGCUGGACUGGAGGUGACAGCAACAUCACUACCGACGCAAGAGCUGCAACCCCUUUGGCGGCUGUAAACUACACGAGCAAUGGGAACCUUACCGCGCAUGUGUUCUAUGUCGACUCGGCAAACUUAUUGCAAGAGAAGAUCAGUACAGACAACAUGACUACUUGGACAGAUGGUCCCCUUGGCGACUCCAAAUUCGAGGCAUCAGAGGCCUCUACAGCCAUGACAGCAUUCUACAGCGGAUCAUGGCUUGGGAAGACCGCGGGCAAAAGUGCAGGCAUACGGCUGUACUACGGAGCACCUGACAACUGCAUCCACGAGCUCAGUUUCAGCCUAGGCAGCUCUUCAUCGUGGAUUGCAUCAUCCACUUUCGACAGUAAUACCAACGGCAAUGCUGGAAUGACCUCGGAUUGGCUGGAAUCCAACGCAACGGCUCAACUGUGGACAUUGGAUACGAGCAAUGAGCUCAAACUCUGGUACUACAUCUACAAUACAACGAACCAAAACGACCAAACUCCGGCCAACAUAGCGUACGGCCAGUGGGCUGAAGGCAUCUCCACCGCCCCCGUAAACGUCCUCACGAACUCAUCCCUAACCUACGCCCUCGGUCUCCUCGUCUACCAGCAACCAAACUCCGAUGUCGAAGCCAUACCCCCCCUCACAGCCGGUCCCUCCGGCGUAGGCUCCUGGGGCGCAGUCGUCGACAGCGGUACGAACAGCAUCGACACCGCCAUGACCGGCGGCACGCUCGCUGCUGCCGCGUUGCCGAUCGGGACGGAUACGGAUGUCAGCACGAACGGGACGUACCUCUACGUCUUCAACCAACAGAACGGGAGCGAUAUCAGCCAAAGCCCGUGGUACGAGAAUACUUGGGCGACGGAGAGUCUGAUCGGCAAGAGGGAUUUGCAGGAUUGGAGUAUCCAUGAGGUCGAUGUUCUGGCGCAGUUGCCGCGGAGUCGGGAUGUGAGCCCAUCGGAGGCAGCUCUGGGGCGAGACGUCUCCGGAAGUCCCGAGGAUCGCGGCAGUGCGGGUCGGAUCUUGUCGGUAUACGACGCUUUGCGCCGUGGUUGGAAGAGGUCAGGUAUCGGGAGAUGA